AUGGAGCUUGAGGAUGCCUUCAGGAAGCGCGCCCGCGCAAGUGGUGUCGUCGAUGGAACCUCGGUCGGCGGCCCGGACCGGCUGAGCUCUCUGCCGGACUGCCUCCUCCAUACCAUCAUGUCCUCAUUGAAAGCCCGGCAGGUGGUCCAGACAAGCGUUCCGUCCACACGGUGGAGGCACCUCUGGCGCUCGGUGCCGUGCCUCGACAUCGACUUUGAUGAAUUCAGCAACAUGGCGCCCGCUUCUGACGUCUUCGAUAGCAACGAGAGCGAGGAUGAUACCUCUGAUUCCGACAGUGAUAACUGGCACAACCACAAGGACUGGGAGCACUUCACCAAGUAUAAGGACUGGGAGGAUUUUGAGGAUUUUGCUGUGACCCUGAUGCGCAGCUGUCACAUUGCACAGUUGGAUUCAUUCUGGCUGCAUGUUGUCCAAAGCCGAGCACCGGAGUUUGGCAAUAGAGUGGCAGCAGGAUGGCUCCGUCGUGCCAUGAAAUACUGCACCCCGGAUCGUGCCAGUUAUCAGGGAUUGAGCUCCAGUUCCUGGCGACUCAAAAGGCUGCAUCUCUGCCAUGUGCUCGGUAAGGAACCCAGAUUCCAAGAAUUCAAGAACCUGAGGAACUUAUUGCUGGACAAAACUGAUCUUAGUGAUGACUUCAAGACAUUGGUGUUCUUUCUUCAGAGUUCUCCUAUUCUUGAGAAACUCACUUUGCGUCACUGCGUGUUCCCAGAAUAUUCUAACAAAAAGAAGGGAACGCCCAUACUCAACAAGACCUCAUCUUCUGAGCUCCGUGGACUGGAUUUGCUGUGCGAGAACCUCAAGGUUGAAAUCAUAUAUGGCUAUGGCUAUGGACCCCACCUUAUCAGGCUUUUGCGGCGUGUUUCAGUGAAUCUGUCGAAGAACAACAUUAAACUCACCAAAGUUAAUUAG